AUGUCUCGUGAGUCCUGUGCUGCUCUCGGUCACCCAAGACAGGGCACCUAUCCUAGGGGCAGCUCAAAACCCUCAUCGCUCGUCCAGACGGCGCCCUCUACCUCCCACGCAGUCGCAUCGUCCUCCAACGCCCGACAUCCUUCGCCCACGUCAAGCGUCUACCUCGCGUCUCUGCUCCGCGGCCCAACCCUCCUCAGCAGCGCCGCCCUGCUCCAAGACGACAACAGCACGACCUGCAGCUCGGCCGUCCCGUACGUGGCCCCGGGCCGUGCGCCCUGCGACCAGCCCUUCGAGCUGAGCGCGGGCUUCGCCUACCGCUGGCGGGGCUGCGGCCAGCUGCCGACCAACGUGACCUGGGCCGUCGGCGGCGAGGCUGACGAGACGCGCCUCGGCGUCUGCGGGGAUGUCCCUCCCGCGGCGCGUUGGGACUGCGGCGCCGGGCAGACGCUGGCGACGGAGUGGCUUUGCGGGCCGGCGACGCUGUGA